AAACCACAUCGCAGGCUGUCUGCCACUUAAUUUAAAGCCGCGAAAACCCUAAUCCAAUCCAAUCCGCUGCAAUUGAAGCAGAAUUUCGAUUCAAUCAGGCUUUUUUUUUUUUUUUUUUUUUUUCUGGUGCUAGUUUUGAAGAAACCAUGCUUCAUAAAAGCUUCAAGCCCGCGAAAUGCAAAACAGCUUUAAAGCUUGCAACAUCACGCAUAAAACUUUUGAAAAAUAAGAGACUGGAACAGGUGAAGCAUUUGAAGAGGGACUUGGCUCAAUUGCUCGAGUCUGGACAGGAUCAAACUGCAAGAAUCCGAGUGGAGCAUGUGGUUAGAGAAGAGAAGACAGUGGCAGCUUAUGAUCUUAUUGAGAUAUACUGUGAGCUUAUUGUGGCACGCUUGCCAAUCAUCGAGUCUCAAAAGAACUGCCCCAUCGACUUGAAGGAAGCAAUUUCAAGUGUGAUAUUUGCUGCUCCUAGAUGUGCGGACCUUCCUGAACUCAUGGAUGUUCGCAAGCAUUUCACAGCAAAAUAUGGAAAAGAAUUUGUCUCUGCUGCAAUUGAACUUCGUCCAGAAUGUGGGGUUAGUCGCUUGUUGGUUGAGAAAUUAUCUGCCAAAGCGCCUGAUGGUCCAACCAAAAUCAAAAUCUUGAGUGCAAUUGCAGAGGAACAUAACAUCAAAUGGGAUCCUGAAUCAUUUUCAGAGAAAGAAUCAAAACCUCCUGAUGAUCUGCUGCAGAACGGACCAAAUACUUUUGAGAAGGCUAGCAGAGUUCCUGUUAAUCCUCCUUACGGCCAAGCUUCCCUCUCUCUUGAUGACAAAGGACCUCCUAACGUCCAAGUUCCAUAUAACAAUGUUCAAAGGAAUGGGGUGCCCAAAAGCUUUGAUGAACAAAAAGCCACAUCAUCACCUCAUUUUGAUUAUUCCAAUGUAGCCAAUAAGGGAAUGUCAUCUGGCACUCCUCAAACAGAUGUACGACCUUCUGGAGCUGGAGUUCAAGGGAUGGAAUUCAGGGAUUCAUAUUCUGCUGAUGGGAGUACUUUCUCUCCUGGCAGGCAAAAUUGGAAUAUGGAAUUUAAGGAUGCUACUGCUGCUGCUCAGGCAGCUGCUGAAUCUGCAGAACGAGCUAGUAUGGCUGCCAGAGCAGCUGCAGAACUUUCAAGCCGUGGAAAUAUCUCCAGGCAAUAUUCAACAGAAUCACACGAGUAUUCAACUCACAGCAUGAGAGAUGAAGCACCUCAAAAAUAUGCUGGCUCAACAUCUCAGACCUUCAAACCCACAGAACUUUCAAAUCAUGGAAAUAUCCCCACACAAUAUUCAACAGAAUCACACAAGUCUUCAACUUAUGGUAUGAGAGAUGAAGGACCUAAAACAUAUGUUAGCUCAACAUCACAGAACUUUCAAGAUGCAGAACUUUCAAGCCAUGGAAAUAUCUCCAGGCAAUAUUCAACAGAAUCACACGAGUCUUCAACUUAUGGUGCAAGAGAUGAAGCAACUCAAUUUUAUGCUGGCUCAACAUUUCAAAGAGAACAUCUUACAGGAGAUCCAGUAAAUAUUUUGCGUCAUGGAAGCAAUUCUGGUAUACAUCAUGAAUGGACUGACACUGAGGGCACCAAACAAGAUUACCAUGGAGGGGUUGGAAAUUUUUAUAACAGUUCAGGUUCCUUCAAGUCCAGUGCAGCCUCUUUCAGUGGUGCACCUUCUGCAAAUGAACAUGAAAAGGCAGAUCUAUAUUAUCAAAGAAACUCAUCUGAGAAAUGGAAGACUGAACAUUUAGGUGUUUCUGAGGUACAAUUUGUCAACGAACGGCAUGAUAGUGAGAACUCUGAGAAUGUUGAUUAUCAUGAAGUAAGGAUCAGAAAACAAUCUAGCCAUGCUUCAUCUCGUUCUCAUUCAAGUUCUUUUAUUGAUGAUCACAAUGCUGUCUCAAAUUUAAAUGGCCAGGAGUCUGGGCCUUUUGUCAAUGAUAAAAGUAGCUUUGGAAGAAAUACAAAAGAAACACAUUCCUAUGACAAUGCUUCGGUGGUCUUUGAUGAUUCUAGUUCUGAUAAUGAUGGCAAUAAUUUCGAUUUGGAGGAUGACCACAAGAAACAUGAGCACAGUUUGGGUUUCUCAUCUGUAGUUCAACAAUCAUCCAGUCAGCUGUCUACAAAUGCUAAUUCUUGGAGUGUUAGGCAGAAUGUUGAGUCACCAAGAAAGUCCCAGAAUAAUCAGUCACAUAUUUUCAUGGAGCAGAACUCAGCUCCCAUAUUCUCUGAAAGUUUAACUAGAUCUCCUGUCCCGUCACAGGCAGAAGACUUGUCUGUGACUUUUGAUAAUUCAGAUGGCCCAAGUUCAGAAGGUGAAGAGGAGUUAGAAAAGCCUAAGCUGGGUGGAAGUGUUGAUCUCAAUAAAUUUACUCAUGAAGGGAGUUUUGAUUCCCAUGACGCUAAGAAAGACAUUUCUAGUAAACAGUUUGUUGAAGCCAUGGCAGAUAUUGAUCCCUUAGAAGAACCAAGUUUGGAAAGUGGUAAUGAACUUAAGUUUGGAAAUUUGACAGGUGGUCUUCGAAACAAGGGGUACAGGCGUCCACCAUAUUCAAGAAUUCAUCAAGGCAGUGCUUCAUCUUCAAGAGAGGCAGCUCAGGACACAUCCUCAAUGAUAGAGCAAUCUUCUCCAGCAGUUGAUUUUCCAGUUAGUCUUGGAUCUCACAGUCAACAGGCAUAUGACGGGAAAGACAGUGCAGAAGAAAAUAGAAGGCCAAGCACAAGAGCCUCAGCUGCACAUGAUGUUUCCAGUGAUGGUGACCCUGAUGAACUCCCAAAACAGGCUUUUGGAAGUGGCAUUCUAGAGAAGUACAAUAACAAGGAAGACAUUUUAGGAAACAAAAAUUCAAGCUCAAGGGUCUCUCUUCCAAUUUUUGGUUCUGGCAACAGUGAUUCUGAGGAGGAUAUUCCUAAAACAACUUCAAUGAGUCAUUCUCGAAAUAAAGGAUUUUCUCGAAGGACAAAGGUUUCUCUUCCAAAUACUGAGAGUAGAUCUAACAUUAAGACUUCAGUUUUUUCUGCAGCAUCUGUAACUCGUGACUCUGCUGAGGAUUAUAAUUCCUCUAUGAGGCCAUUAGUAACUCGGAACUCUGCUGAGCAUUAUAAUUCCUCUUUGAGGCCAUCAGUAACUCGUAACUCUGCUGAGGAUUAUAAUUCCUCUUUGAGGCCAUCAGCAACUCGUAACUCUGCUGAUGAGAAUUAUUCCUCUUCGAGUUCUCAUGCCGCUCAACCUCUACCACAGACCAGGCCUCAGAAGAGAGACUCAGAUCAAGGGCAAAAUUAUGAUCAACAUGGGAGGAUGGAGCAAGCAGCUACAAAGCCUGUUUCAAACACCAGGAAGUCCUCGCUUGAUGGAAGUUUGAGGUCAUCAGAAAAGCAAAUACCAUCAGUAUCAGAUAGCUCGGAAAGCUUAAAGACUUCAAGUGGGGAAGGGUCCUUUAAGGAGAAACCCAGUCACGUUCAUCCAAAGCUACCUGAUUUUGACACCUUCACUGCUCACUUUCAGGCACUCCGGAAAAAUCGACAGUGAACAUAGGUAUUCUUUUGGCAUGCUAUACUACAAUAAUAUCAUGGAUUACUUUCCUACAAUUGCAUGAUUACGCAUAGAAUUGAUCAUAAAACUUCUAUAGGGAAUGUAUAAUAAUAUUACAUGCGAAUGACCAGAUUCCAAGUGGUGAUGAGUUCUUUUAUUUGAUGUCCCUUUUGCGACUUUUCAACUUUGUCCAUAUGCUUGUAAAUUAUAUUUGAUUGUUGAUUAAAUUCGCAUGCAUAUU